AUGGCUGAGAAGCUUUGUGCUUUGUUGAAAGUUUUCUAUGAAGCUACUGUUGCAGUAUCUGGUACGUUGUACCCAACUUCAACUUGCUAUUUUCAUGAACUUUGGAAGAUAAAGAUGGUUUUGGACAAGGAGGCUACAAAUGAAGAUGUCACCAUUGCAUCUAUUGUCAAGGAAAUGAAAGAAAAAUUUAAGAAGUACUGGGACGCUCAAUACUUGCAAAUAUGUUUCCCGAUUAUUUUUGAUCCAAGGUAUAAGUACAAAUUCAUUGAGUUUCGUUUGAAGUCUGCAUUUGGAGCUGCUGUAACUCCUUACCUUAAGGAAAUCAAGAGUAAUAUGCAGAAAUUGUUUGAUGAAUAUUCUGCCAAGUAUGGGGGCUCAAACAACAUCAAUUCUCAGCCCGAAACAAGUGUUGAGCAGAAUGUUGAUGCAAGUAAUCAAUUCGCUGAUUGGAGACAGUUUCUACAUGACAAAAGCAGGAGCAAAGUAAAGAGUGAGCUUAUUCGAUAUCUUGCUGAUAUGCCUCAGGAAGGUGAUUUCCAAGAUGGGUAUGAUUUUGAUAUCUUGAACUGGUGGAUGGUAAACAAAACAAAGUACCCUGUGAUUUCACGAAUGGCACGUGAUGUUUUGGCUAUUCCAGCAACAUCAGUGGCAUCAGAGGCAGCAUUUUCAACUGGAGAAAGGAUCAUUAGUGACUAUAGAAGUAGACUUUCAAGCAGUACUGUAGAGGCAUUGAUUUGCCUUCAAGAUUGGAUGAGGGCAGAAGGUUUGGGUGAUUUCUUUGCACGUGAUCUUGCUGAGAGUGAUGACCAAAAUGUGCAACAUUCAGGUGAAAAUGCCUAUACACCUCUAGUAACAUGCAGUACCAGCACAACAACCAGCAGCAGGUAA